AAGUAAAGACGGACACGCUCAUCUGUUUAUACACCAGUGUGGUGGGAAGACGAUCGAAACUGAGAAGUGAUGCGAGAUUAACUUCUGAAAAAACUAUUUUUGACAGAUAUCGUGUCGUUAGUCCUCUACCCCAACCAAAAUGUACAGAUGUUUCCAAACAUGGCUUCUUCUGCUGGGUUUUCACACACUGACAGUCGCUGUUUUGACAAGACGAGGGAAGAGAAAUGUCCUUUUCAUUGUUGCAGAUGAUUUGCGGACAUCAUUAGGCUGCUAUGGCGACUCUCUCGUAAAAUCACCAAACAUUGAUCAGCUGGCAUCCAAAAGCCAGGUUUUUCUCAAUGCAUAUGCACAGCAAUCUGUGUGCGCUCCCAGUCGUACUUCCAUAUUGACGAGUCGAAGACCGGACACCACCAGGCUCUAUGACUUCAAGUCAUACUGGAGAGUCCAUUCUGGAAACUACACCACCAUGCCACAGUACUUUAAAUCUAAAGGCUACUUAACCAUGUCUGUGGGCAAGGUAUUUCAUCCAGGUAUUGCUUCUAACCACUCGGAUGACUACCCCUACAGCUGGUCAAUCCCUGCCUACCAUCCAGCUUCAUUUACAUAUGAGAAAAAAAAGAUGUGUAAAGGAGAGGAUGGGAAACUCCACGCCAACUUACUGUGUGCAGUUAACGUCACACAGCAGCCUGGGGAAACCCUACCCGACAUGGAGAGCACAGACGAGGCCGUGCGGCUCCUGAAGAGUCGGGCCAACGAUGAUAAUCCUUUCUUCUUGGCUGUGGGCUUUCACAAACCACACAUCCCCUUUAGGAUACCACAGGAGUACCUGAGUCUGUAUCCCAUAGAGAAAAUGACUUUGGUCCCUGACCCCGAUGUCCCUAAGCUCCUCCCACCUGUUGCCUACAACCCCUGGACAGAUGUGAGGAGGAGGGACGAUGUCCAGAAACUCAACAUUAGCUUCCCCUAUGGACCCAUCCCUAAAGACUUUCAGCUGGGUAUCCGGCAGCACUAUUACGCCGCCGUGUCGUACAUGGACGCUCAGGUUGGGCGGCUGCUCAGCGCUCUCGAUGAGCUGCGUCUCUCCGACAGCACUCUGGUGGUGUUCACCUCGGAUCACGGUUGGUCAUUGGGAGAACACGGUGAAUGGGCCAAAUAUUCAAACUUUGACGUGACGACACGCGUCCCCCUCAUGUUCCAUGUUCCUGGGGUCACCGCACGCCGUAACUGGCGUGGAGAGUCCACCUUUCCUUUUAUUGACGCUUUCAACAAAUCACAGCACAGCUUUAAGAAUGACAAAGUGAUUAAGAACGUGGUGGAGCUGGUGGAUGUUUUUCCGACUAUCUCCUACAUGGCUGGCCUCAGAGCUCCUAAACCCUGCCCAGAUGUUUCCUUUCAGGAAGAGUUGUGCACAGAAGGAGACAACCUGGCCUACACUUUCCGACACCCAGAGAGACGAGAGAAUGAGGAGGCCGUGUCUUUCAGCCAGUACCCCCGACCUGCCGAUACACCGCAGGAGAACUCUGACCUCCCUGACCUCAAAGACAUAAAGAUAAUGGGCUACUCUCUGCGCACCUGGGACUACAGAUACACUCUGUGGCUGGGAUUCAACCCCAACACAUUUCAGGUGAAUGUCACAGACGUCCAUGCUGGAGAGUUGUACAUAUUAGCGAGCGACCCCGGUCAGGAUGACAACGUCUACAGUGACUCUGACCACAGUGUGAUGAUGACAAAGAUGGCCAGCCUGCCUCCUACCAUGAGUCUGCAGAUGAGGAUGAAGCUGCAGCUCCUCUACCUCUCAGCAGGGAGGAAGAGGAAGGUGUGAUGGCGAGAAUACAAACAACAGAUGGACGCACGGAGACGAGCACAAAGGGAACAUGGAUGGAUGAAAAACAUCUUGAAAGGGAGAAUGAAUUAUAUAUUCAUUUUUAUUUAAGGCAUUGAUUUAGUGUUAUCUGGUUCCAGGAUUAAUCUCUCAGGUUUAGUUCUUCAGGCUGAGGUUUCUUAGCUAAGAACUUGUUAGUCUGGAACAUCCAUAUGUUCAUGGACACGUCUUCUUCCUGCUGCUAAACACAACUUCCUGUGUCUUUAUUCUUGGACUUCUUCACACCUGGCAUUGAAGUCUGUAUUUUCACAAUGAGUCACUUGAGAAGGAAGUGUCAUUCUGCUUUUGUAUGACUCCACUUUCAGCAGCUCGUAGGCAGAGUUCUGAUUAUCUCUGCAAUUAAAAAGUUUACAUUUUUGGAAAUAAGGAGCUCUGUCUGUAUGCUAAAUAUAACGCUAGCUAGCAGGGAUUAAGUUUAGCAGAAGGACUGGAAUCGGGGAAACCGCUAGCCUGUUGAAGCGAAUUUAUUGACAAAUGAUAUGUUUGUCCUUUUCAUAUGUGCACAAAGCAAUAAAAUGACGUGUUUUGGAAAUGAUGGCACUGAAAGCAA